UAUCCGGAGAUAAUUGUUUCGAUGGAAUCUAGUUUUGAAACAGAGGAAAUUCCAUCAUUGAACAAUCAUUUCUUUUUCUGAACAAGUAGUUUUUAAUAUUCAUGGCCUGAACAAUUUCUCAAAACUUGGCGGACUGUUUAAUUUGUUAUCAAAUGAAGUCACGUAUUUAGUCAAUAACGGUGGUGAUUGAAAUAUCAACCAAUAUCGAUCGAAACUGAAUACGGCAACACCAUUGGAUUCUCUCUUCAGCAUACAGUUUGGAAAAUUGAUGAUGAAAGAAAACAUAAAUGUUUAGUUAAAAGAAUAUAAAAACUAUAUAUUGUAAGUGUACAAUAUUCAAAUAAUUUGCCGACAUAAUUAACAUUCAGGGAUAUCUUAUUCCUUCUGCUGACAUUUUUAUGGAAGAAUUGCGUUUUAGAUAUCUAAUUAAUAGCAUCGAUUGAUCGAACGAGAACUGUAUGACUCAUUCUAAGAAGUAAACAAGGAAUUCUGAAAAUCUGCUAUAAGGUGUCUAACACAAUUUUCUUUGAAAUAAGAUGUCUAGCUGUCUCCCAUCUUGCUGGGGAGACUGUAGAUGUCGUAGUUCAGCAAAUGAAAAUACAACAAGCACAACAGAAAAUCGGACUAGUCGUACCACUACUUGUAAAAACUGUGAGGCUAAAAAUAAAAAGAGUGGUCUUGGUUGCAGAAAACGCAACGAUGACACCAAGAGUAGAGACAAAAGAAGCAGUGGAGAAAACCAAGAAAUUGUCGGUGGUUGCUGGAGUGGUGGUCACGGAUGUUUUAUCACAUCCAUGCAUCCUCCAAAACCUAAAACAGCAUGCAGCAUAUGUGAACAGAAAAAGAAAUCACGAAUAACUGCAGAGACAUUUUGUCCUGAAUGCGAAGAAGCCCUUUGCAAAUCGUGCGCAGAGCACCACAAGCUGUCGAAAAUAUCAAAAGAUCAUCACACAAUACCAGUGCAGCAUUACAGUGAAAUACCCACUUUUGUGUUAAAAACAGAGCAGUGCUGUUUAGACCACAAGCUUGAAUAUGAAAUGUAUUGCCAAGACCAUAAACACCCAUGCUGCAUUCGAUGUGUCUCGGAAAAUCAUGUGGAUUGUCAUAAUCUAAAGCCACUAAAUGAUGUGGUCCAUAACGCAAAGUCUUCGGAACUCCUGAAUGAGAUUGAAAAAAGUAUUGAUGACAUAUCAGCUUACCUGGAAACAGCACAAAAAGAACGGGAGGAGUAUGUAAGAAAGUUUGAGGAGCAAAUCGCCCAAUGUCGGAAGCAUAAAAAUUUGAUUAAGAGCCUGAUAACGGACCAUUUAGAUCAGCUUGACCAAAAAAUGGAAGCUGAACUUAAUACAAGGGAAUCCGAUUAUAAAGUAGCAUCAGAAAAGACUAUUGGAGAGAUCGAGAAACGAAGAGAAAAUGUUAAGAAAAUUGCAGAUGACAUUUCUGCUAUGAGGAAAUACGCAUCAGACAGACAAACUUUCCUUGCAAUGCAUUUGCUAAACGAAUCUGUAGGCAAGGAGCAAAACGCUGUUUACGAAUUGUCCAAUAAUAUGGAACACAUCGAGUUAACCGUUAACGAACCCGAUAUAACUGCUGUAUUGGAAGCUCAGUCCUUAGGGAAUUUAAAAGUGAUUUCAUUGCCAGUAGACUCCGUCUUCAAAAUAAAGAAGAAAAUGAAAGAAAAGAUGGCAACGAAACAAGACAAUUCUCGGGAAAAGCGACGCCAACAGAACGCCAUAGAAAAAUGACAAGACAGCUCUAAAAGUAAUUGAUUAUGUAUAUAAUUUGCUGUUUUUUAGAUGUAAUUUGUUAGUAUAUGUUCAGAAUUUAAAUCAUAUAUACGGGUAGAAUAUUCCUUUAGGCAAUCUAUUUAGGAAGUAAAUUUCUUUUAACUUAGUAAACGUCGUGAAAGAUUUCAAAACAAACGAACGGCAUCAAUUAUUUUGUCAUGUUUUUCUAUUCAGUGUUAUUUGGGUGGCAUUUGUAGAGGUAAUUUUUUCCUAUUCUGUCGUGCCCAGGUAUUGAAAAGUAUGCUAUAAAGUCAAUCUAGAUAUUUUGUAUUUGACAAAACCUUCUAGUAUGUGUUUACUUUUGAAGAUAUUUGUUUCUUUAUCGUCUUACAUAUCUUGGUAUAUCUUGGUAUAUAGAUGUAUGCUAAACACCUUUACUAUCAUGUUCUAUUUUACAAAACAAAAGUCGUAGUGUGAUCCUGUCUUCGUGUUAUUUUACUCAAGGUCGGGAGUUAAAGAUCACAAAACGGCUGCUUAUUUCAUUAUCUCGUCGUUAGUUGAGUUAGUUGGCAGAUAUAUUACAUGUGAUUUUAAUUUGUUUUGAGCUUGUAUUGCACAAUUAAAUAAAUCCAGACACAGAUAAACGAGAACAUAUUACGCUGGAACAGCAGUGCAAUUAUGAGAAAUUUAUGUUCCUAUAAUUCUGUGCAAAAAUGUGUAAAAUGGCUUUGUACAAGUCAUGUUAGUUAAAACACGAUCGAUUAACUUCUUUUCAGUUUAAAUAUGAACUGUAGAAAAGUACCUUUAACAAACAUCUAAACAAAUUUACAUUCUAUUUUUUAAUGAAUUUUAAACAGAAUAACACAGUUAAUUGCAGAGGGCAAACAAACCUGAAGCAUUUGUAAAUAUUAUCGCUGAUUUUCAUCUGUGGCAAAAAGUAAUAUAAAACGGCAUUUUAUAAUAUUGAUUAUUUAUUUUAAUUGCAUGUUUCACGGGUCAAUAAUGAUUUUUGUAGUAUCUGCAUUAUGUCAUCUCCAUGGUGAUAUAGUAGACUAAGGAAUAAAAACUCCCAUAUUGUUUAGCGGUAGAUUCGGACAUUUUGUUGCAUUGCAUAUUAAUAAGCUGAGAUCAAUCUUUACCUUCGUAUUUGCUGUUGUAUAAUUUGCUUAUUAAUCAUGACUACCACUGUGGCUAAGAUUCCUGGUAGGAUUUUAUUCAUAAGAAGAUUAAAUAUAUUUGUGACUUACUUAAUUCUUUUGACUUUAAGACAUAGUACACAUAUAGUUAAAAUUUGCAAACAAAAUGUGAUUUUCAGCAGCUCGUUGAUCUGAAAAAGGUGUAUCCUUGAUAGAAAAAAACAUGCUUAGGCACCAACCAUUUUAUAAUGUACCAAAUUUUGUUUGUUUUUUUCAGCCGUCGAGUCGAUUUUGAUUCCCUUAUGUUAUAUAGAGAUUAAUACAUGGCCUUUUCCAUAUCGGCCCGGGUAUCAUCCCGAGACCCCCAUAUCAGCCCGAGACGUAGUCGAUGUGCUGAUAUGGGUCGAGGGAUGAUACCCGGGCCGAUAUGGAAAAGGCCAUGUAUUAAUCUUUUUAUCAUAUACUUCCGACAAUUGUUUUAUGUAAGGCAAAUAAACAAAUGAAAUAACUAAAACAGUCAAAAACUUUUUAAAGAAGUUAAAUCAUGAAUCCAACAAAUACACUAUAAUUGUCCAACAAUAGCAUCACUACCUCCAUAUAUAUUAUGGUACCAUUUCCUAUAGAGGCAUUUUGAAACAUUAAAAAUUUGGAAGCUGGAAGCAUGGAUGAAGUAUUUACAGUUUUAUGAUCAUUAUUACUACAUGUUGUACUAUAUGAGAUGAUUCAUAAUUGUCAAUGGCAUUUAUUAGCAAGUACUAAUUGUAAACUAGCAUCAUUUUGAAAAUCUAUAUCAUCGGAUUUAGCCAUGUUGACAUCUUUUUUUCAAUAACAGCUGGUUCUGUACAAACAGAUUUACCACUGGAUCCAAUAAACCUUAUCGCUCUUUGUCCGCCAUUACUGGACAUCCUAAAAGUUCCCGUAAAAUUUUGACGUCAUAAUAAAAAAUAUCUGAAGACACAAUGGAAAAGUAAACAUACGAUACCGGAAAUACCGGAAGUAACCUGCACGAGAGGCACUGUUAUGGGUUUUUUGCACGAGACGCCCCUGAUAUGGGUUAUCAGUCCGGGUGGGAAAUUAUGGCUGGUGUACUUCCGUUCAUUACACAUAUGCAAAAGCUAUCAUAUUAAUGCUAAGUAUAUGAUAAAAUGUUUUAAAACGAAAACUAAAUAAAGAAAGGUGAAUUUAGCUCUUACCAGCUUCCACUAAAAUUUGUUCUCUCUUAACGAAAUGUAAAUUUCAAACCCUUCCCAAAAAUGUUAGGACGUCAGUAGUAAAUAGAGACAAUAUUUUGUAAAUUUUAUUUCUCUGUAUUCUAUAGCAUUUUUUUGUUAUUUAUGACGAACGUUGCAAAUAUGACUAAAUACCACAGAUUCACUUUGAAAUAUAUCGAACACAAAACAAUAUUGUUUAAUUGCCAAGUCAACAAGUUGAAAUUCAACAACAAAAAGGGGCUACUAAUCAAAUAUUGAUUUAUAUAUUCUUCUCAGUGCAAUACACUUCUAAAAUGUUAAAUAUAGAAAUUGAGUUUUUCUUAACUCUUAAUCUCAUUGAUAACGCAUGCACUAUUCACAAAAGGAAUUUCGUCACCUUGGCAACGGAAAAGCGCCAAUCCGUCCAUCUGUCCGUCCGUUUGUUCCAAAACUUCGAGAGACACUAAAGAUGACCACUGUCGUCACAAAUCUGGAAACAAGUAGUCCACAACGAGAAAUGGAUUCUAUAUAGGUCACUGUAGGCCACAUAAUACAAUGCAGCGUUACGGAAAGAAUCUUGUUAGCGCUAGAGUCCGCCUCUCGCAUGACAUCGUCAUCUUUUAUAAUUUACCAUUUUCAAAAAAGGAUAGAAUGAAUAUUAUAUAAUAUUAUGGUAGAAAAGAAAGGUCACUUAAUAUUAUAGAACAGUCAGCGGUUCAAUUUAUGCGACAAGAUUUGCGACUGGAUGCUUUGUUUAGCGAGUCAGACUUAAUUGAUUAUCCUCGUGCAAUAUUCUUUACAGAAAACAUGUGCGUCUACGCAUUUAAAAAAAGCAGGCGAAUAGCCUCCAGCUAGCAUAUAUUGAAAUAAUAGGGUAUUGCGGUAACUACUGAUACUUUGGGAAAUUAUCUUUUCACGUUUUCAGGGUUUACAUAUCUUUAGUUUUAUUGUUGAAAUCUCGACGUUGUCAUGUGCAUUUAUUUUCGUUAUUUUAGUUGUAACAAGGUCAUUGUCCGUCUUUAUAGUGUAUACCUUACAAUCAUUCAAAAUUUUGAUGGGUGACUAUAAUAUACAAAAUUGUUAAAAUGGUAAUCAUUAAUCAACCAAUUAUGUUUUAGUGUACAUCAAACUUUACCUAUUUUUUUAAGUUAUGAAACAGUAAAUUUUCAAACGUUCACUUUUAGAGAUUAUUGGUCAAAGUUUAAGAUAAAUAUACAAUGUAAAAUAAUGAUAAGUGUUCAUAGGCAGCUAUAUUAUAAAAGUUUAGUGCCAUAUCUAUAUAUAGUCACAAUACAAUCAUGUUGUUUAAAACACACCACAGACUUAGGAAUUGUUUAAAUGUCUUGUUAUAUGUAUAUACUUUGUGGUGUCAUUGUAACUCCACUCCUCACUGAAACAUUAUAUAAUGAUUAUGAGGCAAUUUCGUUGUCAAUUCGGAUGAAGUAAACGGCAUUUAGACGUAAGCAAACCUUCCUUGCAUUUUUAUUUCUCUCUCUCGAUUUUAUGGAUUAAGAGUUUCAUUGCAUAAUUGCACACUCACUCCAUCAUUAUCUGAAUAGAGUAAGAUUAUUGAAGUUGUUUCCUACAUAACUCUUUUCAUAUUUAUACUAUUUCAGUUUCCAAUAUCUAUUUCUCUAUAUGACAUUCAUACUUCAAUAUAUCUUAAUGGUUUGUACCUUCAUGCAAUUUCAUCUAUACAUCCUGAAAUGUAGCAUAAUUUUGUAGCUCCUGGAAAUGCAAUUGAUAGAUUUGAACCGUAAAACUAAACAUCUAAACGUUUCCCUUUUAAGCAUAUGAAAUCUAUCUAUGAUCAUUACGUUUGUCAGAGGUUGUCAUGUGGUAAGUGGACGGAGUAGGUCGAGAGUAGUUAUAUAUUAUAUAUAGUUUUACUAUAUAGUCAAUCCACCUUUGUCGUUAUAAACAAUAAAUUUUGUUUUUUA